AUGACUCAUCAAGGCAUUUGCACCUCUAGAAGGCAACCAUCGCAGGAGGCUGAGCGAGGACCCACCAGGCGACAAUGGCCAAUGGACCAGAGCAGUGAAGCUGGGUAAGUGAGGGGCUGCCCAGGGUUGGUGGCUUCCAGGCAGGGAGUCGGGGGGGGGGACAAUAACGUUGGGCACAAUGAGGAGUGUUGGGAAGAGACACCAAACAUGCGGCUGAGCGUUUGGUCACCAUGAUGGGAGUUCCUCCUGCUGCCAGGGCCUGACCCCAUGCUUGGAAGCAUGGAGUCAUGGGCAGCAGGCAAAUCCACCUUCUGUAGCCUCCUUUGGCCAUGUUCUGUCCCCCGCCCCAUUCUGGAAUGGGUGCGUCCACACAGUGGAAGGAGGAGAUGCCACCAACCUGAUAUGAGAACAUAAGGAGAUUCUGCUGGAUCAGACCAAAGGGGGCCCACUGAGAAGGUGCUGGGAAUUGCUGGUGGAGAAGCAACUCCAGGCCUGGCUGGCAGCUUCAUUUUCUCCAUAUGUAUCGAAAAGGUAAAGCUUCACAUUCCUGCUGGUCUGGCCCAUCAGCUAAAAAUGGUAUGACAUGGGAGUUGUGUGAAUGGGCUCUUACACAGGUGAAAAAGAAUGUAGUAGCAGUGGAUGGAGGGAGAUUUGGAUCAGGACAUCAAUUAGGGGAGUGCAGCUUAGUUCUUCCAACCAUUUUCCUGGAAAGAAAACGCGGAAAGUUUUAAUGGUGACCAGCCAGAUGGCUCUGGGAAGUCCAUAGGCAGGACACAAACUUUGUUGCUCUCUUCGCCAUUCUGAAUGCUAACACAAACAUCCAUACAAAAAUGGUACCUCACUCUCUUUUUCAUAUAGUCUUCUCUCAAGCAUUUUUCUUUUUUUGACAGUAUAAAAAUUUCCCAGGUUUGUUAAUAAAUCAGCCCAGCCAUCGCAACUGAAUUUAGCACUAGUUGGACUUUUCUUUGAAAUCCUGACUGAGUCAUUUCUGAAUACCACUUGGCGGGUUCACGAUCCACCAGAGGUUGCAAUUCUCCCCCUAAAUCUGCGUAGGGUUACACUUCUAGUAAGCCUCACUGAGAGGUAUCUGGAAUGAAAACUAAUAAAUUUAUCUCACAGUGUGAGAGGGGCCUAUUAAACCACCAGUUCCUUUUUUGAGCAAGUUACAUUUUAAAUAUUUAAAUUUCUCUUUGUAAUAUUCAUGUGGUGUCAGUCAAGAGAUUCAAAGAAAUUGGCUCUGUGGUUCUCCUCAGCCAAAUCUGGUGCACCAACAUCCCUCUCCAUUGCUCUGGAGAUGAUGGACUUCUCCUUGAGUGGAUCCUUGUUUUGUUUUGUGGGGCUCUAAACCAUUAUUUUCCAGAACAAACAAAUCAUUUGUGCCUUGAGUGAAUUACUCUUCUGUAUACAAAUAGAUUUACCUCUCAAAACCUUGUCAAGUGCUCUGUUUUUCCCCUGAGCGGUUCUCUUAAGGAAUAAAUAGCUAAUUUUGGUGGGUUGACUCAUUUUAUGAUUUGACAAAGCCUUUUACCCAGAUUCUGGUUUGUUUGUUGUCUGGAACAGGGUUAUAAUUUUUCAGAAAUCAGCAGAUAAUUGAAGCCUGAUUGUUUUCAUCUUUGCGAAUUAGAAAUAAAAACAAAAAGGCUACGUCUGAUGUAACUCAGUGAGACUUGCAAUUGACCACCAUUGUGAGGUCCACGUCAUAUCUACAUUUGCGUUUGCAUUUUAUUUAUUAUUACCAUCUUUUAUCCCACCUUUAUAUCCCUCCUUUUCCUGCAAGGAGCUCAAAGUAGCAUACACCCUUCUCUCUCCCCCCCGCCCCCCACUAUUUAAUCCUAUUAACAAAAGAGGUAGGUUAGGCAGUGACUGGCCCAGUAUCACCCUUCAGUGGACUUGAUGGCUGAGUAGGUUUUGAACCCUAGUCUCCUAGUCAACUACAUUUGUUAAAUUUCAUCCCAGUUGUCCUUUCUGUCAAGGUCAUUUGUUUUUCCUGUUACCCUGAGCUUUGCUAAUUUGAAAAGAACCCCCUCCAUCUCUCAACUGAGUUACUGUGAUAAAAACGUUGAAAAGUACCUAGCCAAGGAUGGAGACACACUCCCCCUCCCCAUUUUGAUGAGGAGCCAUGGAUUGCUUUCCAACAGCUGUGAAUCCACCUGACAGUAUUUUCAUCUGGCCUGUACCGAACCUGUCUGAGAACAUCUUGAGUGGUUUUCCAAAAUUGCAGUAACAGAAGCUCAGCUAGAAGGUGUACCACAGAUCAGGGAAGGAGUCAACCAGUUCAAGAGGAUGUUGGUGUGGUUAAUGAACAGAGACACAGAAGCUUUUGGAGGCAAGAGUGCUUCCUUCAGAAAGUGGGACAGGAAACCGAGAACAGGAAUAAAUGGACAGCUUUCACAAUGGAGAGGUGUAUGGCAUGGGGCUCCCUGUGGAUCUGUAUUGAGAAGGCCUAUGCUUUUCAACUAAUUUUGUCAAUGACCUGGUGCAGUGCAUUGUCCAGGUUUAGUGAUGACACCAAAUUUUUCAGGAUGGAUAAAGCAAAAUGGGAUUGGGUAGAGCUCCCGGAGGAUCUCUGUACAUUAGUCCAGUCCUGCUAGAUCAGUCCAAAGGGGGACCAAUGAGUCUCCUUCCCCUCCUGGGCAGCCAGAUGCCUAUAGGAAGCCCACAGGUAGGAGGACAUGAUGAUGGGACUAUAACCUGCAUUUGGUUGACCAAUAAAAUCUGGUGGUGAUGAUAUAUAGACAAGUAGAAUCCAUUGAUAGCUCUAUCCUCCAUGAAUUGGUCUAAUCACGUUUUAAAGGCAUGUGAUGUGGAUUCCUUAGUUCAACUAUGCGCUGCAUGAAGGACUUUAUUUUAUCCAGUGCUUUUCCCCCUAGAAAAAUAGGUGCCGGUACUCACCACGAAGUUGUUACAAUAAGUGCCCCACUUUUUUACAACAACAAAAAAGAGGUGCCAGUACUGCUUACCCUCUAGUACUCCCUGGAAAGAAAGAAAAAGCACUGCUUUUAUCUAUCUUGAAUUUUUCAGCAUUCAGCUUCAUUGAAUGUUCAUGAGUUCUCCACCCACAUUCUCUGUGUCAUGCAUAAUUCUAUAAAUUUCUGUUAUGUUGUCUCUUACUCACCUUUUCUCUAAAAGUCCCGAAUGCUGAAGUCUUUCUUCAUAAUUUUGCUUGCCCCUUUCUGAACCUUUCCCAACUCUUUCCAACUCAAUUAUCCUUUUAGAGUUGAAGUUAUCAGAACUGUACACAAUAUUCCAAAUGUAGUCUCAUUUGUAUAAUGGCAUUAUGAUGCUGGCAGAUUUAUCUUCCAUUUCCCCCCCACUAAUGAUCCCUACUAUGGAAUAAUGCAUUUUUCACAGCUGCUGAAUACUGGGUCAAUGUUUUCUCUGAGCUACCUAUUAUGACCUCAAGAUUUCAUUUCUGGUCUGUCACCACCAGUUUAGACCACAUGAGAAAUUUAGACCAUAUGGGAAAUUAUGUUUUUAUUUGUUUGUUUCAUCACUUGACACUCAUUUACAGUGAAUUUACAAGAUGAGAAACAGAUAAGGGGCGAGUGGCAAAGCCUUGGAGAAUAUUUUAAAAGAUAUGAUACUAAAACUAACCUACAAGUAGGGGUAAUUUCAUGAGCAACAGUUAACAACAAUGGAGGAAUUAAAAGGAGAAAAAUAGGGUCGGAGAAUUAUCAGAUAUGCAGCAAUGUAAGGUACACCUAGAAUGCUAUGGUAUGUUGGGUUGGGAUGUCUGUAGCAACAUUUUGUAUGAUGGAAAAUGUAUGAUGUGUAAAUAGAAAAAUGGAAAAUGCAUAAAUUAAAAUAAAAUAAGAAUACAGUGAAUUGCAUGUCUGUGCGUAUCCUGCUGUGAGGGCACCUUGACAACUCAAAAACUGUGAGUUUGCAAUCUGGCUGGUCUUUGAGGAUUUGGACUCCAGAUUCUCCUCUCACUCAGUGCCUGAAAGUUUCUGGGAUCCCUUCCUGGAAUCUCACAUUCCUCUCUCUCAUUCCUGACAAAGUUGCUCUGAAUUGUCUUUCAGGGAGCCCCAAGGGACUGUGGCAAGAGGAAGGAUGGCAGGCCAGGUGUGGGGAUGGCUGCUGCUGCUGCUCUUCCUUCAGCAAGGUAAGCCCAGCCUUCAAGAAUGCAUUCAGAUGAUUGAAAGUGGUUUCGCUUUCCAUGUGGGAGGAGGUGGAGGGGGAAGUUCACACACGCACGCAGUGCAGCUUAUUCAUUCACUUUCCAAAAACAACCCUCAUCGAGACGUUUUGAAACAAUGCAGAAAGACCUGUUUGCCAGAAGCAACAGUGCAAUGAUUUUGUGCAAGCAGUGUCACCAAGCCCUUAUGUGAAAGUGCUUUCAGUGGGGUGGGGAUUAUCAUUGUCACCAUGUCAAGGGGUGUCUUAGUGAAAGCCAAAUGGAGUGUCUGUGCAACUGUGGCACAUCCCUCACUGUUAGGGGUGGAAAGGGAUUGGAAGGGAUGAGCAGGGAUUGGAACAGGAUUGUGCAGCCGCUGUGGGAUUCAAUCCUGUCCUGCUCAUUGGCUGACACUACCAGUGAUGGGCAUGCGAUCUCGCAGGUCAAAGUGCAACCCCUGGUAGGCCAAGGUGGGCCCGCAAGCCAGAGGCUCUCCACCCCUCCCCUAUAGUGUCAAGACGCAUAUUCCGUAGUCUCCAAUUGCAAGAAUGUCCCUAUUUUCUGUGGGAUGUAUUAUUAAACAUUCCCACAUUUUCAUCUGAGGAAUUUUGGAGGGUAUGCACCUCCUCACAGCCCGAUUGUUUGGGGCAGGGAUUUUUUGAGCCACAAGAAGAUGCUGAUGGUGUGUGGAUGCCCUAUCAAGACUGAGUGCUCAAAGCGGGGCGACUAAAUGCCUGCUGUGGAAAUAGCCUCCGAUUCCUUGGCAAGGGGGUGGGGAUCUUCAUCCCCUUGCUAGGGAUGUCCUACUGUAGGCGACCCAUAAGCAAACACCUGCGCUGACCAGAAUGACCACCCAAAAUCCACAAGUGGUCAGCACUAGAAGUCCAAAGUUCAAUCACAGGGAAGGCCAGGAAGUUGGAAUUGGGGGCUUUUAGGCCCGAGCUUCAGAGCACAGCUGCAGGUGGAGAUGGUUCUGACCGAGGCACCUAGAUUUAGUAGGUUAGAUGGGUUUUGUUUUUUCGGGAGGCAGGCCUACCCACCUCCUCUACCAGAAUCAAAUAUCUUUCAGUUGUAUUGUGGGGUAGGGGACAGAUGGGUCUCUGCAUCAUGCACCCCAUCCUGAGCAGCCACAUUUGUCUCACCUGUCUCACCUCCAGCUUCAGCUUGUGGGAAUCUCACCUGUUUUGCCGACUACAUCCAGACCUUGACAUGCAUGUGGGGAAAUGACCCCCAUGCCUCCAGCAGAGCUCAGUACCAUCUCACAGCGACAUGGUAUGUAUGGAUGUGGAAGAAGACAUGCCGUUGACCCCAGCCCCCUGGAACUUUAGGGCUGCCCCCAUGACUUUCACAGGGUUCGGGGGCAGAAUAUCGUUCUCUGUGGCUCCCAAAUCCUGGCUUUGCUUGGGAGUGGGGCGGGAGUGAAUGGCUCCCUUCUCUGCUAACCCCUGGGGCUCCUUGGCACACCUUUGUGGACAUACUUAACCAGCUGUUUCGGCUGUAGCUGAGUCUGCUCUCUAGCUAAUGCUGGUCAGGCUUGUGCCAUCAGACAACCCUGCUGCACAUCUGUGGUGGGUGUGUCUCCUCACAGCUGCCAGGAUGGAAGCCAUUUUAGCCGCUGAGCCAGAGGGCAGCUCUCUGAGGCCCUCCUUGGCCACUGCCAGCUCCCUUCACGCCUUCAGCUUUCCUUUCCUUUAAGUCCUUCUGCAUCUGGAAUGACUAGCAGAGUUUCCCAAAGUUGGGUCUCCAGCUGUUUUCAGACUACAAUUCCCAUAAUCCAUGACCACUGGUCCUGCUAGCUAGGGAUGAUGGGAGACCCAACUUUGGGAAAUCCUGGACUAGAGCAAGACAGUUUGGAUUGGGGGUGUGUGUGAAGGCUAAGGCAGCCCACCCCAGCCAGCAGGUUCAUUCCAGCAAGUGGCUGCUUGGUAGAAUGGGGAAAGGGAUGAAGCUGGUAGGGUCUCCAUGGGCCAUGCAGGGCAGCGUCCUCUUUUUUUAAAAUGCAAAUUUAAUCUCUUUAUUUUUUUAAAACAUAAUCCCAUAUUCCCAAAUACAAAACGGGUAUGCUAAACAUUAGGAGGAAGACGCCCACUGGUGCUCAUUCUUAUCAUGGAAGUUCAUGGUUUCUCAUUAUGUCUGAAUUGGGCUUAAAAAUAGUAAGUUUGAUGGUUUUCAGUGCAGUUGAUUUGAUAGAUCUUUUUAAAAAUGGUAUUGGAAAAUAAUUUUAUAUACAACAUUUGGAAAGUCAGGUACAUUUAAAACCAAGACACAAAUGUUUGCUAGUUCUGAAUGGUUUGUAUCUGUAACAAAGAUCUGUCUUUAAAAAUUUGAGCAACAAUUUUGAGAGGGAAUCUCAAAACAAUUUCAUUUGUAGUCUCCUGCAGUAAAACCAAGCAUACAAAAACAACAGGCCCCAUAUGCUCAUCACCCUUGACAAACGCCUGAAACCAAACUACAUUUGAACAUAGUAAUAUGAAAAAAAGAAUAGCACUUCCACCACACAAGCUCUUGCUUUGUUUCCAAUAUGAAUUCAUCAUCCAAAAAUUAAAAACAGAGAUCAGUCUUAUUUACACAUUUUUCCUAUUUGUCACCUAAUCUCAUCAGGAUUUAAAGUGAAUUAAAAUGAAUGGGGAACUUCAGUCAUCGAAAACUUUGCAUCCCAGGAGAGUAAUUUCAGAACAUUUAUCUUUAUUAAUUGCGGUUGAUAAUUGUUUUUCCACUCCCCAGCUACAUGUACAGAGUGUCUAUACUGUAAUGUAUUCUCAGUUAUCUGUUAUUUUAAAAGUGUGCAGUAUCAGGAAAGCCAGCUCAUCCAAAUAAGUACUGGAACACCCAAAGAUUGGGGCAUUAAGGAAACUGGGAACAAAAAAAUUGAAAGCAUUCAUACCUCUGUAAUUCUAAAGGUCAUUGUGUAGUUAAUAGGAACUGCAAGUUUGUACCUGCUCACACUAAAGGACUUCAUUGACAAGCAAAGAUAUAAUGUAAGACAACUGGUCAGUUCAGGAGGCUGUUGGCAACUUAUGGACACAUACACACAGCUUGGACAGCAGCAGAUAUGAACAUAUGUUUUUAAAGAUGAUCAUUAAAUGUUGCUUUUAAUGAAACACCUCAAAACACGCUGAUGAUAUCGUAAUAGGGUAAUGCAUUUAUAUUCAUUUGAAUGCUGCCUGCAGUUGCUUCGAAGCACAGGUUAAUAGAGGUCUAAAGGUUACCCUACAUACAUGCUUUUACAAAUGAGUUAAAGACAUUCUGUCUCCGCUUCCUUGUCACUGCCUGCAACACUGCUGUCUGUGGAUGCUGUGACAUCUUCAUUGGUACCCUCGCCAUUAUCUCCUCUCUCAGCUGCUUCACCCUUUGGGCCACCCUCAGAUGCACUGAACGCCUUCUGGGAGCUGGACAAAUGUUUCCGAAGAAUCUGCGUCAGAUGCUGUUUUUGGCAUUUCUGUAUUUGGAUCACCUAAAAACUUCUGCCAACCCUUCAGUCUCUCUUCCCUUUCUCUUGAAGUCUCCUUGACGUAAUAAUCUGUUACACCAUCCCAUGUCUCCACAGAGAGCUGACGUCCACCAAACCAUCUCCCGUUGAGUGCAUCUUCUUCUUCUGCUUCUUUAAAUGACACAGAAGCAACACCAUCUGGGUGCCUAUCAAAUAAAAUUACUUUCUUUACUUGUCCAAACUUUUCACAUUCUGUCCGAAGAUCUUCUCUUAUCUCAUUUAGCACUAAAGGAUCUUCCUCAAAAUCGCUUGGGUGGAACAUGUUCCUGAUAAUGAUAACACGCUCGUGCUGCAUUCGAACACUGCCAUCUUUCUUCUCCGGUCUCCAAUCCAGAAGUUUUUGUUGUUGAGACAGCUUCUUCUUGUAGUCUUUGCAUUUCUUUUUCUUCUUGCUGGCAUCGUACUCCCCCUUCGGUUGAAACUGUGCAACUUCCACAUGCAAUUUGUAGCCUCUAAUUUCAUUUUCAUCCAAUAGUUUGAAUGCUAGUUCAACAGAUUCUCUCUUUAAGUAGCAGCAGAGCCCAUCUCCUUUCAGAUUUCCUUCUUUGUCUUUGUAAAGUUUAAUUUUAGGCUCCUCUGUUUGUGGAUCACGCAUAACAUUACCACAUUUUGACAUAACCUGCACGAACUCAUCUUUUGUAAUGUCUGGUGGUAAACCUGUCACAUAUACAUUUGUGUUUCUCUGUUCUUCAACAUGAAACCAUCCUGCGUCAGGUUUUAUUCUCUCUCCUUUUGGUUUAAGAUCCGUUGCCUGAGAUGCUUUUGGACCUGUUGCCUGCUGGACCUGGGUAGCCUUUGAAUCUGUAGGUGUUUUAGAUUCAGUCUUUCUAAGAGAUGCAGAUGAGCUAUCUGAAAUUUCAGUGGGAAAGCCGUAGUUAGCAUGAUAUGUUGCCAGGAAAUCUUCAGUAACCUUCGGGAACCAGGCCUUCUUGUCGGGAUCCCACUCGUACUGCGUCCCGUCCGCCGGGUCCGUGUACGUGAAAGGGUCCUCGCCGCCUUCCGCGCCCUCCUUGCCGUACAGCUCCUGCAGCCGCAGCUGCUGGUAGAACAACUCGUUCCGAUCCGAGCCGCCAAUACUCAUGUUGCGGCAGGAGCCCAGCCUGACGAGGCAGGAAACGUGGGGCGACUCAGCAGCGCCUCACAAGCUAGGCCGCGCCUCAGGCGCCGCCGCCGCCUCCUACUCGGGAGCCGCCAGACUGCACGAAGCCGCUCCGGGCGCCUGAGCGCGGGUCUCGCGCCACGGUUGCCCCAAUUGGGUCCUCUUGAGCAUCAUGGCUGCAGCUGGGGGACUUUCCUGGCUCACGGAGGGAGCAACCAUGGCCGUCCCACACUGAGCAGGGGCAUCUUUGGUGUUCGCAGGGACUGCGGAGAAGGCGGCAACUGCUCCUUCACUUCCAAUGGUGCUGCCGCCGCCCGAUUCACCUGCUUUGCAGAGCAGAGUAUCUGCUUUGGGAACAACAACUUUGAGGUGGCCGUGAAGCUGGGGGAUGAGCAACAGCAAGUGUGUAAGAACGAGUUUGUCUUCCAAGAACACUGUAAGUAUGGAGGGGGGGUUGGACUCUGUGUCCGUCUGGACACGUGAGUGGGACUGGGAGGAGGAGGACACACGCAAGGGCUGCUGAGAAAGGGGCUUGUUGCAGCCGGGCUCAGAGACCCUUCCUCACUUACGGGUGUGGUGGUGGCAUUUUUUUAGAUUUGGGUUUGUUUACAAGUAUGAAGGCAAGGAGUUUUCAAGCUCCUACAGCCAGCUAACCUUGGGCUGAUUAAACAACCUGGGGCUUUUAAAAUGUUUCGACGGGGUUAUUCUCCAUCUCCCCUCCCCCCCCCCAGCCAUUAUGUAUUUUGUGUUUUUCUGUUGUAAACUGCCCUGGAAUCUUCGGAUGGAGGAGGGGGUAUUCAAUGAAUGAAUGAAUGAAUGAAGGAAUAUGAAUGUGAAUGUGAAUGAAUAACCCACUGCCUUUCAUUCAACCCCAGCAGCCCCAGAUGCUUUCACCUUGCUCCACUUGGAGGCUGGAGGGACAUCCCCCUGUCGUGCCCUGCAGGGGCUUCCCCCCAAAAGUACCCCCUGGGGAUUUGGGGGUGUCACUGCUGCUUCACCCAGUGGGUGGGGGCCAAGUCCUGUCAGCCAGAUGCCCUCAGGAGCCCACCUUGACUCUUUCCACAGUUAAGCCAUCCCCGCCGUUCAGCCUGAGGGCUAUUGUCUCCCCUGAGGGCUACAACCUCUCCUGGAGCACCAUGUACCAGCAAGAUGAGUACUUCUACCUGGACACGGAGCUGCAGUAUGAGUUGCGCUACCGGCAGAGGGGACAUCCAUGGCAGGUAAGCCAGGAGGCAAGGGCCAGCCUGAGCUGGAUGGCGGCGGGCACCAUUUGCCCAGUCAGGCCCUCAGUGGCUGGCUGGCCACCCUGGAGCUCAGCCCCAAAGUUUCUUAGUGCUUCUCUGGACUUGGGCUUCAGGGGCACUGGGAAGUCAUGGGGCUCUUUCAGGAUCAUUUGAGUAACUCCUCUGAAUUGCUUUGAAGGUGGCAGAGGUAGGGAGCGUUUCCCAGAAUUCCUUCCAGCCCUCUGGCUUCUUCCCUUUCCUGCAGGGACACAACCAUCUUCUGCAGUACACCGAGACCUUGUGGCUCCCCCAGGAGUUCAAAGGGGACACAGACUACGAACUCCAGGUUCGGGCGAAGCCAAGGGAAGACUCCUUAUACCAGGGCACUUGGAGCGACUGGAGUCCCAAGACGACCUUGAGGACGCUGCCAAGGGGUGAGUCCCCCCUCCCUCCUCACGAGGGGUCUUGGCCUCUGCCCAUAUAAGGAGGGCUGAACCUUCCCAUCAAAGGCCGUUCAUAAGCCCCUCUCCCAGUCCAGGGGGGCCUUCUGCACCUUUGAGACCAUGAAUCCAUGGCAGAUCAGAGGAGCAGCCUCUCUUCUUUCCUGUCAAGUAGACCCCCUCCUGCUACUCUGCUGUCCUAGGAGGGAGCUCUGGCCACAAUCCCAGGGAAACUCAUCUUGACUGAGCCCCAGAGCCCAGCCUACCCUGGCAACCCCCAGUGGAGCUACCAAGAAAAGUAACUGAUAUUACUGGUUUCCUUCCUUAGCCGUGGAGGACAGGCCAGGAGACAAGUGGUCCUUGUGGUUCCUGCUGGUGCUCAGCCCAUUGAUUGCUCUCGUGGUCUUCCUGGGCUGGCAGCACCAAAGGUGAGUGUGGGAGUUGGAUGCUGGAUGCUGGGGUGGCGGGGCUGCCAAGAGCUUCUGGUUGGCCGCAGGCUGCCCACUUCCCAGCUGGAAGACCUACCCUACACAGAGAAAGGAAAUGGUGGGUGGGGGAUGCAUCACCUCCCAAGAAGCCAUGCUCAAGUAAGUCUACCAAGCCCACUCCCUCUUUCCCUCAGUCUGCAGAGCACCAGCCAUGGGCUUGCUUGCUUGUGGCAGUGGGUGGCUGAGUUCCCUAGAAAGGGAAGCCAUGAGGUUCCUUGGACAAGGCAGUUGCUGGGCAGCAAGUCUGAGACGCCAAUGCCUCAAGGCCUGGCCAUGCUCCUAGUCCCUCCCAUGGGUAGUCAGUGAAAUGAAGUUUGGGCACUCCCCACAAAAGGCCUCCAGCUCUCCUUUCCCUCUGGCAGGUUGUGGAAGAAGCUGGACAUCUUCAUCCCCAGCCCGGCCCCCUUUUUCCAGCCCCUCUACCUGAUCCACAAUGGAGACUUCAAGGUACAAACGACUCCUACCCACCAGACAGGAGGGGAAGGGGAGGGUGUUGGAGUGGCUGUUUGAACUGACCUACAGGCACUUACGGAUCCUCCGGGCAUCACCCAAGUCAGAAAGUUCCUGUAUGUGUUUUGGGGGGGGGGUCCUGCCUCAAGUGCCAGGAGCCUUAAGGCAUGGUCGGUGGGAGGGAGGACAUCAGGCUGCCUAAUAUUCUGCAGAGAAGUUGGGGACUUGGUGGAGGGGUGGGGGUCUCCUCUUGACACAAGGCCUGCCUUCUCCCCCACCCCAGGCUUCCUCCGUGUCCCCUCCCCACAGCAGGGGCUCUGCCUGCUUCUCUCUCUCACCCCAAUUCCCAUCCCUAUGAGGCAGGAUCCUCUCUGAAAAAGUGAGCUCUGGGCAGAGUCCUGUGGAAAUCACAUAGCCCUUGCAGCCACCAGGUGCAUUACAGGUGGGGGAGGAGUUUCCUCUUGGCACAGAAGGAUGCCAGGAGAUGAUGGGGUAGCUGAUAAGAGGGCACUUGGUUGCACAGUCUGGGCUGGAGGAAGGAGCUCCUCUCCUGGGAUAUGUCCUUCUGAAGGUAUGCAAUUCCUUCCAUUCCCCAGAUGGUUAAAAAAAGGCCCACACCAGCUGUUUCUCUGGCCACAGCCUGCUGACACCUCUCUCUCUCUCUCCCUCUCUCCUGUGCAGAAGUGGGUGGGCGGCGGCAUCUCCUGCCCCAGAGCCAUGCUGGACAACUUUGAAUGGAGCACAGCCCUGCUGGAUGUGUUUGGGAUGGGCCAAAAGCCCCUUCCCCCCAGCCCUGCCAAGGAGCAGCAGAGUGGGGGCCAUGCACCCUCCCCUGCUACAUUUGCUUCCCACCUGCCUGGGAGCCAGGAUGCCACCCAUGAUCAGGCCUACGGCCACCUCUCCAUUGACACCGUCACUGUGGCUGGAGAGUUUACCGCCUGCUGCCCGCGGUGCAAGGGGGCCACAGGAUGCUGUGCUCUGGAGGAGGGCCAGGACGAAAGAGACGCCUACCAGGGCAUCCUCUUCAAUGAGGGCCAGAUUUCCGAGAAUCUGCUCCUGGUGGACAUGGUCCCACCAGCAGCAGCCCAGAGGAAGGCUUUCUUGUCUGCCUUGGAGUCCUGGUCAGGAGACCCUCUCCUCGAGACUCUUACUCCUUUCUCGCAAGCUGGCGGCUCCCUGGGCAGAAAAAGGUCUGGGAAGGAGGUGGACUUUUUUGGUUCGCCUCCUGAGCCCUGGACCCUGGAAGGCCUCUUGUCUCCAGAGGAGGAGGACAUAGCUUCCUACCGAGACCUGCUCUCUCCUGACUUGGAUGCAGAUGGGGACAUCCUUGCCAAUGGCCUGGAUCUGGAUACCAUUGACAGUGGCUUUGCAGAGUGUGACUGUGGGAGCCCUGUGGACUCUGAGUUCGAGAGGAGGCCGACAGGCUGUGGGUCUGAACCCCUCAGUGUGGAAAGCGGAGAGACAGGGGAAGAGCUCCUGCCCAGCUAUGUCAAGCAAUGGGUCUCCUCCUGUCACAACAGAGCGCAGCCCAGUUAA